AUGAAUUCACCCAAUCCUAGGAUUCGGAGCGAAGGCCUCAGCAUAGUCUCUGAAUCUCCGAACGAUAUUGCCGAUGUGGUAUUCGUUCACGGUCUAAAUGGCCAUGCGGCCAAUACAUGGACAGGCAGAGAAGAUCCCGACAAUCCUUUUUUCUGGAUUGCCGACUUGCGCUCUGUUUCCUCACUCCCAAACCUUCGAGCAAUGACAUUUGGCUACAAUGCACGCUUUGAAGUCGGCAAUAGCAAUUUAUUGGGAGUACGCCAGCACGCCGAAGCCCUUCUCCUUGCGAUUCGCAACAAACGGCCCGGGCCACAGCGGCACCGACCGCUUCUAUUUAUAUGCCAUAGCCUUGGGGGUCUCGUCGUGAAGCAGGCCUUGAUCAUGAGUUCCAAGAAAGAAAACUUUCAACACAUCUACGAAUCUACUCGCACGAUCUUCUUUUUUGGAACGCCCCAUCGAGGCUCACGUACCAUCGGCGGGCGAGCACGUGUGACUCUGGUAGAGCACUUGGCCAGGGUUGCUGGCUACGCUGUCCCGCCUGAGAUCAGAAACGUUCUGGAGCCGGGGUCAAAGGAGCUUUUUGCCAUUAACGAUGAUUAUUCAGACAUUAAACGGGACAUAUCCGUUGUCAACUUUUACGAAGGAAAGGCGACAGAAGGGCUUUCGGAUCUGGUGGUUGACUUUGACUCUGCCAUCAUGCAUCUGCCGGGUGAAGACAAUAUCUGCCUUAUGAGGACGCACCAGGAGUUGGUUCGCUAUGACAGUCCUGAUGAUGAUAUAUACGUCACCGUAGUGGAGACACUGGCCGAAAACCUGUCGAGGACAGUACAAGCAGAGAGAGCAAAUGAAGUCAGAAAACUGGACGAGGUUCAGCAAGCCUGUCUAAAAAGCUUGAGCUUUGCCAACGCCCAGGAACGAUUGGACGCUAUCGACGACCCGCACUGUGGAACAUUCGAGUGGCUUUGGCUCGAGGAGACCGGGCUAGAGCAGUGGCUACACCAAGGGGGUGGUAUCUUUUGGAUAACUGGCAAAGCCGGCUGUGGAAAGAGUACACUGAUGAAGACCCUAUACAGUCAAUUUCAGGGGAACCUACCAUUCCGGACCGUGGCCGUUCCUUUCUUCUUCAACAGCCGAGGCUCGUACCUCCAAAAGUCUAUCAAAGGCCUAUUACGAACCGCUAUAUCCGAAAUCAUCCAAAAAACCCCGGGAAUGGAAGGUACUGUUGGGUCUGGCUUUCAGCAGAAGCUCAAGGCCUCGACUCGGUGGGGAGACGCAUCCGACCUCGAGGCGGAGCUGGACUGGAAUCUGCAGGACUUAAAGAAGCUGCUGUGGUCACUUCUCAGACACGACUUAUCCAACAUGAAGGUCAUCUUUAUCGUCGAUGCGGUUGAUGAGUGCGUUGAUACAUCCAGUGUAGAGAUCCUCAAGCUGUUUGAUGAGAUGCACAACCUCGCUGGAGGGACGGUUGUCAAGGCCUGCUUGUCUGGCCGGAGGCUUCCCCUGGGACUGCAGUCCUAUCCAGGAUUCUCUGUUGAUACCUGCAACACUGUGGACAUUGCCCGGUUCGUUGAAGAUGAGCUCCAGCGGUUUGCCAUGCCAGAAGAAAUGGAGUUCCUGGAUGGCAUGAAGAAGAAGAUUGUCGAUGCGGCCGAGGGUAUUUUCCUUUGGGCAAGACUGGUCAUUGCAAGGCUGACGACGGCUUUUGAUGACGGGGACACACUGGAGAACCUUGCUGACAUCAUUUCCAAGACGCCCCCAAGGCUGACGAGGCUAUUCGCGGAUAUCCUGUCCAACAUCCCCGAGGAUCAUCAGCAAACUGGCGCCCAACUUUUUGGUCUCGCUCUCUGUGCUCAGCGGCCCUUGAUAGUUACCGAGGUCCAGAUCGCGCUGGAGUCAGUUAGCAACACUUCGGUAGCAAGUCUCAGAAGGACAAGUUCGAAAGCUCUGGUUUCGACAGAUACCAUGAUGAUCAAGAUAAUCAACAGCAGAUGCGGCGGCCUUCUCGAGGUCAAUAAGGGCCAGGAGAACAAAACAGUCGUUCAGUUUAUGCAUCACUCUAUCAAAGAGUUCCUCUUAAGUGCAGAUGAGGAGAAUCGAAAAGACACUCCGGAUGCCUUUACUGCAGAUCGGCUGCUCCAACAGGGCCACACCAUGCUAGCGAGGAGCUGCGUCAAAUACUUCUACCGGCGUGACAUCACCGCAUUGUCCAUCUCGCCACUGGACAUGGCUUCAGUGGAUUUAGAGCGGGAAAUCGACCAGUUCAAUAAGCGAUACCCGUUUCUAAAUUACGCAGUUGACCAUUGGCUUGACCACUGCAGCCACGCUGAACAGCUCGGACAGCCGCAAACCGCCGAGAUUCUGGGAUUCCUAGACCGGGACGCGGCCCCUUUUAAGAUUUGGCUCCAGCUCUAUUACACUAUUUCUCUUCGGCGGAUGACUCCAGAAGCGAUAGAGACGACCCUGUUCUCCUUGGCUAUCAGAUACAACCUCCAAGAUCUGGUGCAGACUCUGCUCAACUCGGGCAGCGUCGACCUCGAGGACUCAAUCAAUCAGCUCGAUCGCUCUUUGCAGAUUGCAAGCAUCGAAGGGCACUGUGGCAUGAUCAAUCUCCUGAUUGAAAACGGGGCAGAGGUCAACUCUAUCGGGGGGCCCUUCAAUACCGCGCUGCAGGCGGCGGCAUUCGGCGGCAGCAAGGAAGCAGUCCAAGUUCUGCUUGACGCGGGGGCCGAUAUCAACACUGCGGGGGGCAAGCUCGUGAGUGCCUUGUUUGCAGCCUCUCAUCAAGGCCAUGAAGAUGUCGUUGCCCUCCUCAUCGAACACGGGGCCGAGGUUGUCAAGCUGGGGGGGCUCUCUAGUAACCCCUUACGGGCUGCAGCAGAGGUUGGGAGCGAUAGAGUGGUGAGGAUGCUUCUCGAGAACGGCGCGGAUGCUUUGGAGUACGACGAGUUUGGCCUCAGCGUGUUGUCCUGGGCCGUUAUCUCGGGUUCAAAGACCACUGUCAAGUCCCUUGCCGACUUUGGGGUGAGCUCCCGUGCCUUCAUCUGGCCGGGCCUGAAUUUGCUGCAUUGGUUCAGCCUGUAUGGCGGUGAGGCGGACGUGGCUGGCCUGUUAGAAAAGGACCCUGGGCUGCGUCAGGAACAACUCUCUGCCCCCGACUUUAGCGGCUCGUCGCCUCUUCACUGGGCCGCCUGCAAUGAGCAAGAUGACGCACUGAGGUUCUUGCUACAUCUGGGUGCGGAUCCUACGGCAGCCAAUAACUUCGGCAUCACUCCACUUCAUCUUGCAUCAGCAAAGUCUGGGAUUGAUUAUGUCGAGGCCUUGCUGAAUAAAGGUGCUGACCUGACCGCGGUUGAUGUUAGAGGGCUCAGCGCGGUACAUUAUGCAGCUUCUAACAAAUCGGUUGACGUCCUUGGAGCUUUCUUAGUCAGUGAACUUGAUACUGAUACUACCAAACCAGACAUCUACGGCCGAUUGCCCAUUCAUAUUGCAGCAGAAUUCGGCGGACUCGAGCCUCUGAAGCUGUUGCUUGAGAAUUGCGAUGACCUGGAGCAGCGUGACUACAAUGGAUCGACGAUUAUACACGCAUCAGCUAGGCAUACUGAAGGAGAGUCACUACGUUAUUGUCUGGAGCUAGGCCUGGAUCCAAAUGUCACGGACUCUGUGGGGAUGGCGGUGAUACACCACGUAUUCGCCGAGAGCCGCCCAUUACCCGAGAUGAGCUGCUUGCCGCCAAUGUUUUACUCUUUUUAUCAAGUAUGGACGGCAGUAUUUCUUUUGAAGAGAGGUGUUGGCUACUCUUGGUACAACUUUAGAGAUCAAACGUACGACAUUAGGGAAAAGAGGAAUGGCCAGAUACGGCACGGCAGCUCCGUCAAGAUGCGCUUUUGGCCGGCCGACCGCAAUACAGGAGUACGGCGUGUGGGAGAGAAUGAGGAUCCGGCCGUCUCAAGGAGCAAACUGCAGAUGCUCCUAGAUCAUGGCGUUGACAUUGAGGCCAAGGACAGCCUCGGGAAUACCGUUCUUCACCUUGCCAGUUAUUAUGGAGACCUUGGCAUCGUUGAGGUUCUGCUAGACUACAAUGCGGAAGUUGAGGUGCGAAAUAUUCAGAAUAUGAGACCAGAAGACACGGCGAGCACGGAGGAGAUCAGGCAGUUGUUGAUUUCUACGAGAAACCGGCUGGGAGGAUCAAGAGUUUAG